AUGAGAUCAUUUGGUAAAGUCACCCAAAAUGACUUCGCUUGUCUAUUAAUUCAUAUGGUAUGGGGAAAAUCAUUAACAGAUGAAGCAUCUGUACUUGUUAGAAUACAAGAUAUAGCAACACAAUUAAGAGAGAAUAGAUUAGAAUCUAUGUAUUUGAUACCAUCAUUUAUACCGGUAACAGAGAACAAUGCAAAGGUAUUGGCCGAUGCCAUUAGAGAGAAUACAUCGUUAAAGAAUAUGUUUCUAAGUGGUCAUGUUUUGGGUGUUGAAGGUGCAAAAGAGAUUGGUAGUGCUAUUGCAUCACACGUGGCACUCAAACAUGUAUCGGUUGGACAUGCAGAGAUUGGUAACGAUCAUUUACAAUUGUCUACUCUGAUGAGUGGACUAUUUCAAUCGUCGUCGGUCGAUCAUGUCGAUCUCUCUAAACGAUCAAUCAAUGCAGAUGCAAUCCCCGUCCUCAUCAAUGCAAUGGGCACCAAUGCUUCAGUCACUAGUAUCGACCUUUCACAAAACAAUAUAACAGAUGAUGCUCUUCCUCUAUUGGCUCCUCUUUUUCAACGUCCCACCAUCAAAUCUAUUAAUCUUGCAGACAACAAAUUCACCUCUAUUGGUUUAUCAAUUUUAAUUUCAAUCAUUCAACAAUCAGAGUCUUCAUCUUCAUCUUCAUUAUUAAAAUUAAAUAUAAAUUUAAAUUCACUUGGUAGGGAUUCGUCGGAAUGUAUUAUUGGAUUAUUAGAGAUUUGUCCAAAUCUUGUUAUUUUGGAAAUGUCAGAUUGUCAAGUAUCUGGUACCGAUGAAUCAAUGGAAAGAUUGGGUAGAGCCGUAGCCAAUUGGAGCAGUGGUCAACAAUUUGUUGCUCAAGAUUCAUUUAAAGAGGAAAAGAGUGGACUUGGAUUUUGUCGUGGUUUGGCAGGUGAACCAGGCGCACCCGCUACCAUUACAACACCACCCCUUCACUCUAACCUUCAACAUAUGGUCCUUAGAGGUUGUUCUAUUCAAGACCAAGGUGUAUCACAUAUUGUAGAGUGUAUCUAUCGUGGUAGACUUCCUCGUCUUGUAUUAUUGGACAUUGCAGACAAUCAAUUGUCAUCUCAUUCGGUUGAAUUACUCGGCGGAGUCAUUUGUACCACUGGUGCAUCGUCUAUAGAGGUAUUGGAUCUCUCUUGCAAUCAACUCGGUCACUCUGCGGCAUCGGAUCUUUGCCGUUGGAUAGAAUCUGGUCGUUUGGAAAAAUUGUCUUGUCUUGCCAUUAAUAAUAUCGGUCUAUCAACAAAGGAUUUAAUAGAUUUGGUUAAACUUUUAAUUUUAAAUCCUCCUCCAAAAUUAAAACUUUUAGAAUUAAUGAGUAAUAAUAAUGAAAAGGAAAAUGAAAAGGAAAAGGAAAUUAAUAAUAAUAAUAAUAAUAAUAAUACAUUGGAUAAUGUUAAAUAUGGACAAGAAGAAGAAGAAGCAAUAGAUAAUGAUGAAAAUCAAUUAUUGGAUUUAGUUGAUGAAUUACAAGAUAUUACAAAUAUUGAUUUUAAAUGGAAAUAA